AUGGAUGAACUGGAAGUAUUGAGACAGAGACUGUACUCUGUGCAGAAGGAACAGAGUGCUCAGAAACUGUCCGAGCGUAAUUGUAUUGAGAUCAUAUCAAAGAUGUUGGAAUUGAAGAUGAUUACAAUCAUUCAUACUACAAGUGGAAAGGAGUUUAUAACUCCCAAGCAGUUGGAGCUUGAGAUUAGGGAUGAGAUCAUGCGAUCGGGUGGCCGUGUCGUGGUCAGCGACCUGCAGUCGUUGCUCAACGUCGACAUUAGCUACAUCCAGGAGAAGGUCAACUUCAUCGUGUCGCGUGACCGCUCCAUGAAGCUCUACUAUGGUGAGAUCAUGACUCGCUACUACCUCGACUCGGUCGUCGAGGAGAUUCACGAGACACUGCAGGAGGAGGGUCGUCUGGACAUCAACGACCUGUCAUUGCGCUUCAACCUCAACAGCGAGAUCCUGACCGAGGCUGUCAACACACGACUUGGCAAGUUGAUCAUUGGAGUCUUUGACAAUGACAUCCUCUACACUCAGGCUCACGUCGAUCGACACAAGGCACGCGUGCGUGGACUGUUCAGCUCUGUCACCAAACCAACCAACAUUGCCGCACUUUGCAAGCAAUAUCAGAUGAAUGAGCGACUCUUUAGACAGCAAUUGACAGAGUUGAUCCAGGAGAAGAGGAUCAAUGGACAGGUGCAAGGAAAGGGCACACAGACAGAGUAUAUACCAACUGUGUUUAAUCAAGCGCGUACACUCUGGAUUGAUAACUUCUACAAGCAGAACUCAUACGUACCUUAUAGCACAUUGACCAAGUUGGACAUCCCCGAUGCAAUGGCCUAUUUGAAGAACACCUACACCAAUGGAGUGCCAUUGUCAUCAUGCUUCAUCAACGAAUACAUUGUCAACAAUGUAGAGUCGUCCAUUGAGGAGAUCAUUGCCAGCACUGGUUGGAUGGAUAUCUCGUCAUUAGUACCAUCAUCACUAUCAAACAGGGACAUUGCGAUGGUGAUUGAGAGUUGUCCAACGAUGAAGGUGAAGGAGAGUCCACAUGCAAUCGUAUUGAAUGAUUACUUCAUCGUCAGUCAAGCAUUUGUCGAUCGUUGUUUCACUUUGUUGGAGAAGAUGAUCGAGGCCAAGGUUGAGAAGCAGGCCAUUCUCUUGGAUAGCAUUGUAACCAGUCAGUCAACGACUGCCACCUCGACAGACACCAAGAAGCAGGCGUCCAGGGAUGACCUCACAUCCUCUGGUAGUGGCAAGGGCAAGGGAGGUGGCGGUGGCAGUGGCGGAAAGAAGUCAAAGCAACAAGAGGAACAGGAGCAGGAUGACAAGCCAACAAAGCAGAGCGGCAAGGGUGGCAAGAAGGGUGGCAACAAGAAAGGAAGGAGGGGAGAUGAUAGCGAUGAUGAGGAUGACUAUAACCCAUCACCAAAGCAGUCAACAGCCACAUCAAAGAAGCAACAGACAAAGCAAGUUGAUCAUCUGCCAGAGAUCAUUCAGAUAUUGACAAAGUCUUAUGAGAACAUGGAGGUGGAGCUGAUCCAAUCGUUGGCACAAUAUCUGCGUCCGCGUGUCAAUCAGAUCUGGGAGACAUUGGUCAAGGAGGCAAAGGAGAAGCUGGAGACAGAGACAAUCAAGCAGAGAAAGGGCAAGCAGCAGGAGUUGUCCUCAGCCUUCAACUCGAUGUAUCAGAAUCUAUUGUUGUUCAAGAAGGGAAUGGAGGAGUUGGACGCUGACAACUCAGCAAUGCACAAGCAUCUGCUAAAGACCGUCUGCACCAACCUCACCAACAUCCUCCUCGAACUCAAUGCUUCCUACCAUCUCCUCGAGAACACUGCCAGCGACACACCAGCUCAAAGAACCGCGAUCAUAUCCUCACUCCCCUCAGCCAUUGGAAAGAACAUGGACAAAUUACUCCAAUCAUUGAACAAAUCAAGCAUCAAGGACUACAUGGACACUCUGGAUACUGUAUGUGAGCAAUCACAAAUACAUUUGAAGCCACUUGAUAAGAAGUCAGAGAAAGCAUUGUUGGAAUCACAUCAAGCAGACCUCUAUGCACAGGCACAGAAUGAUCCAGACAUGGGCAAUCAGUUCCAAGCCAUCGUAUUGCUGUUCUACAUCAAGUACAGGAAGAAUCUAGUACAUGUCUCACCUCGUUCCAUUGGUACCCUGGUUCAAACUCUAACAGAAGACGAAUCGAUUGCUGACAAGGAUACUCUAAAGACCCUCUCCGAUGCCCAACAGGAUGUUGUCAAAUUCAUCAUCAAUAAGUCGGAGAAUGCUAAUGACGAGGAGUCCUUGAAGAAGAAGUUAGAGAUCCUUAAGAAUGUGUUGCAUGUACCAACAUCCUCUUCAUCAACAACAACAACUUCAUCAUAA